AUGAUUCUUGGUAUCUAUACUGCAACAACAACUGCACAGGAAGGAAAAGUGGCUGAUAAAAGACGACAAUUUGAUUUGGAACAAGCAACUGAAUUCAGACAACAAGCGAUUUGUGAUAAAUUUUUAGAUGAUAUUUACAAAUUAGAGAAAGACGGUUAUUUAAAUGAGGAAAAAAAUCCAUGGGCAUUUGCCAAUGCUCGUUUUCGUGCUGCACAUCGCCAAUGGGAUGCUAUAUGUAAAGCAGAUAUUUUGCAAUUUCUCAAAGAAAACCAAUUAAUUGGUAGAAAACCAAACAUUAAAAAUCGUGCAGUUAAGAAAGUUGAUAAUAUAAUUCAUCUAAAUGAUUUAAACUUCGAUAAUAUAAGUUUAACAAGUCCAACUGGUUCAUUAAAUUCAUUAAAUCUUGAAUAUGUUGUAUUCGAUCAAGUAUCAAUGAUCAAUGCUCGAUUCUCAUUUGUCAAUCUGAGAGAAACAUCAUUUAGCCAUUCACGAUUAAAUAAUGUCAAGUUUUCAGAUUCAUCAUUAGCUUAUGCUAGUUUCGACAGUACAGAAUUGGAUGGAACAGACUUUGGUAAUACAAAUAUGAUAGGUGUGGAAUUUUCCAAUAUUGAUUUGUGUACAACAACAUUAACAGAAAUACAAUUGCAACAAAUAGUAUUUACAAAUAGUAUAUUACCAAACUCAUCAAUAUGCGGACAAGAAAAAACAACCAGCACACCAAGCAUGAUAACAAUAUCGACAACAGAAGCACUUUCUACAUCACAAUCAAUAUUUCCCAAUAUUCCAGCCAAUGCCCGAUGGGUACAGAAUGGAACGACUGUUGCUGGAGGCCAUGGACAAGGCAAUGUCACCAAUCAACUCAACUACCCUUUUAGUCUCUUCAUUGGUGAUGAUCAAACGAUGGUCAUCGCCGACUACUGGAAUCAUCGUAUUAUGCAAUGGAAGAUGGGUGAUAUGAAUGGACAAGUGGUAGCUGGUGGCCAUGACCAAGGUAAUCGAUUGGAUCAAUUAAAUCGCCCAACUGGUGUGAUGAUCGACAGAGAGACAGAUAGUCUCAUUAUUUGUGAUCAAUGGAAUCAACGAGUCGUACAAUGGUCUCGUCGUAGUGGUACAACUCAAGGAGAAAUCCUCAUCAACGACAUCACGUGUUUUGGUUUGGCCAUGGAUGAUCAGAGAUAUCUCUACAUCUCUGACAGCGGAGAAAAUGCAGUAACACGAUAUCAACUAGGAAACAAUAGUGGAACUAUUGUGGCUGGUGGCUAUGGCGAAGGUGCUGAUCUCGAACAAUUCAACUGGCCAAGAUACCUCUUUGUUGAUAGACAACAAGCUGUCUACGUGUCAGACUACUACAAUCAUCGGGUGAUGAAAUGGAAUAAAGGUGCAAAAGAAGGAAUUGUCGUCGCUGGGGGUCAAGGCCAAGGGAAUGCUUCAACACAAUUGUAUCGUCCUACCGGACUGUUCGUCGAUACAUUAGGUACCAUCUAUGUAGGAGAUGAGACUAAUGAUCGAGUGAUGCGUUGGUCUCAAGGAGCGAAAGAAGGCACUGUCAUUGUGGGUGGGAAUGGUCAAGGAGCAGCAGCAAAUCAGCUCUAUACUCCCACUGGGUUGUCCUUCGAUCGACAUGGCAAUCUUUAUGUCGCCGAUUAUGAAAAUCAUCGUGUUCAACGAUUUUCAAUCGAAUAG